CCACCCCUGCUGCAGGCGGGGACCGGCUGCCGACAGCCGCUCCAGCGCGUAGCCAGCCCGGGCGUCCGCAGGGGGGCGACGUGCCCUGCUGCCCGCCCCCUGCCCGGGGACCCGCCCCGAGUCCAGCCCCGCACCGCUUAAACGGGGCCAGUCCGCCAGCCUCUCCCGCCGCAGUCAUGUCCGCCCGCCCCGCGUUCACCAGCCCCUUCCCCAGCCCCCGCCGCCUGGCUGCCGCGGCCCCGGCCGGCAGGGCGAAGCUCACCCACCCCGGCAAGGCGAUCCUGGCAGGUGGUAUUGCCGGUGGCAUUGAGAUCUGCAUUACAUUCCCUACGGAGUAUGUGAAGACUCAGCUACAGCUGGAUGAGAAAGCUAACCCGCCCCGGUACAAAGGCAUCGCGGACUGCGUGAAGCAGACUGUCCAGGGCCAUGGAGUGAAGGGGCUCUAUCGAGGCCUCAGCUCACUGGUGUAUGGCUCCAUCCCAAAGGCUGCCGUGAGGUUCGGCAUGUUCGAGUUCCUCAGCAACCACAUGAGAGAUGAGAAGGGCAACCUGGACAGCAAGCGCGGGCUGCUGUGCGGCUUGGGAGCCGGGGUGGCCGAGGCCGUGGUGGUGGUGUGUCCCAUGGAGACCAUAAAGGUGAAGUUUAUCCAUGACCAGUGCUCCCCCAAACCGAAGUACCGCGGCUUCUUCCACGGCGUGCGGGAGAUCAUCCGCGAGCAGGGUCUGAAGGGAACCUACCAGGGUUUAACCGCUACUGUCCUCAAACAAGGAUCAAACCAGGCCAUUCGCUUCUUCGUCAUGACAGCGCUCAGGAACUGGUACAAAGGGGAUGAUCCCAACAAGGUCAUAAACCCCCUCGUCACCGGGGUAUUUGGGGCCAUUGCCGGAGCGGCUAGCGUCUUUGGCAACACCCCCCUGGAUGUGGUGAAAACCAGAAUGCAGGGGCUUGAAGCGCACAAGUACAAGAGCACCUGGGACUGCGCCUACCAAAUCAUGAAAUAUGAAGGGCCCAUUGCGUUUUACAAGGGCACUGUGCCUCGCCUGGGCCGGGUCUGUCUGGAUGUGGCCAUCGUCUUUGUCAUCUACGACGAAGUGGUCAAGGUCCUCAACAAGGUGUGGAAAACCGACUGAGCCGGGCAGCAGCACCGUCUCCUCCACCACCGCGAGGCAACAGCUGGAGAAAGAUGACCAACCCGGGAGGAAUCAUAUGGACAUUUCACCAGGAGCGGUGCCAAGGUUCAAGUCCCCCACUUGUGUGAAAGCAAGGGAGCUAGCCCUGUGCUCAGCCAGUCGGGCUCAUAUCAAACCCUGACCACCUUUAUUUAUAGGAACGAACUGUGGAGUAGUUUAAAUUAUUGAUCAUGUGCUAAAAUGAUAGAUUCCCCUCCCCCCACCAUCUGCAAACUUGGCAAAGGCCAGCUCUGCCAGCCUGGGGGCGGAGGGGGCGGGGGAAUAGGUCAGUGCCCAAAAGUGAGAAGAGAGGCCACGAUUCUCCAGCCAGAUUAGAAUUCAGUCCACGUUUCCUUUUGCCUUUGAGAAAACCGAGCCAAGCUACCAAAGGUUUCCACUGAGCUCACUGCCAUCUCCUGCCUCUCCCAGCAGGAUGCGCUGGAGCGCUGGCUGCAGGGGAGCGAUUGCAGUGGUGUGAUGUCCCUGGCUAUGGGGAGCUCACUGCUACUCCAGUCCCAUCCUCUACCUAUAGGAGGCGCUCUGGGAAUGGUGUGGGACCCCUGGCUGCGAGCCAUGCAUGGCUAGUCCAGAGCCAGUCUCGAGAAGCAGGAGUCGCUAGCGGGGGAACCCCUGGUUGUGGGGGAGCUCCAGCUGCCCUUACCAGAACUGCCAAGUGCCUCAGUCACAGCGUUUUCCAGUGGGAGUCACUAGGGCCAAAGAGGAUUGCUCGUGAAGUGAGCUGCGUGACCCACACUGGCCCUUUAGCCUCUUGUUUAAGCCAGAAAGCUGAGUGGAGGCCCUCUGGGGCAGGCAAUGUCCCUGCCUCCGUGAGUCAGAUAGUGUGAUCCAGACCGGUGGCUCUGCAUGCAUGCCUUCCUGUGGGAGCUUUGCCUGCCCAGCCAUCUCCACUGGAGGAGAGAGGAAAUCCGCCCUGUACCGCCUCCUGGGAGCACUGGGGGGCUUUGCUAUGGGAUCUUCAAGGGACCCAGUGCCCAGAACAUGUCCUCUACCAUCCCAGCCUCUCGCACAGGCUCCUGGCGGUGCGGCAGCUGGUGCGGUAGAGACCCUGCACUGCGCGGUGAUGCCUUCAUUUUCAUUUUCCUCGCUGAGGAAACUCAUUCCCAGGGCAUGAAAUUCCUGCCUAGAAUGACCAGGUUCCUCACCCCUCUGACAGAGGCACCUUGUUUACAUGUGAGAUGAGAGUGAGAGAGGUGAAGUGCUCGCCUGCCACUUGACCUUCUCUCAUUAAACUGCCUCUUCCACUCUGCCUCACCACCCUCACCCCCUCCGCUCGAUAUUCCAGUGCUGAGAGCCAGGCAAGUACCUAGCUAGGCUAAAUGAACUUCACACUUCGUUAUUAACACUUGUACUGUAUCCCCUGGGGGGACAGUGACCCUGUCCUUGCCCAGUGCCAAGAACUUAUAAUGGUUCCAGUGCAGAUUUGUGCCAAAAUCGUGUGUCUGUCUACAAUCGUUAUGCAGGGGUUUGUCUGUUUGUACUGUCAGUGACAAAUGCAGCCUUAACACUCUCGUAUGCGCAGGCGAAGAAGGAAAGCACAGGGAAGAGUCACUUUCCGGCUCUCUGCUCGCAAGCCAGUGAGGUUUUUUUGCAUUUGCAACUUGAAUAAAAUAAGAGCCUCGCUUUAGAACCCACUGCUGGCUUUACAGAUCCUGGUUCAAUUCUGAAAUCAACCCUUACAUGGCGUGUGUGCUCACACCCUGAUGCCUAUAAUAUUGCAUUUACGAUCAUGUUCCUGGUAGCCCACAGUGAACUCACUGUAGCAACUGCAGUCCCUAUUGUACCAGGCUGCCUAGGCAGCGGUUACCGCGCUGGCAGCCGAGCCAGAUGCUUCGUUUUCGUUCCUGCUAAUAUUUUAGAGUCCAAAGGUUUCUUUUCAAGCUGACUUGAGUAAAACGUGUUAAUGUUGCGCUUGCAGCUGCAGGCUGGAGUGA